AUGCAAACACAGAAUCAGCAAAAACAACACAUUAAUCAGCCAUUUUUCAAGACUUCAACAUCGGCCACCUCCUACUUUUUGAAUUUUAACAAUGGAAAUGGCAACAAUAGCAGGYCACCUUCUCAAGUUUCUGUUGCUGCUCCKCCUGCACCACAACAACAGCAGCAACAUAUCAAUGUCAGACCACUCAACUCCCAGGGAGAUACAUUCUUUCGUCCAACAACUCCAGCUCGUCAAAUUCAAAGGGAUAGAGAGACAGAAAAAGAAAAAACACAGACUCCUGAGAGACUGCAAUCUCUUCAUUCAAAGCUUCACCAUGAGGCAGAAAAAAUAAGACGAUGGAAAACAUCUACAGAAAUGGAACUAAAAGAAAAGGAAAGAAAAAUCCUUGAAACUUCUCAAACAAUAGAUGCACAAAAGAAGUCAAUCAUUGAGCUUCAGUUACAAAAUGAAAGCCUCAGUUCAAAGCUGCAAGAACAGAUAGCAAAUCGUGAAGAAGUAGAGCACAAAAUCCUUGCCACUCGUGAUAUGUGCAAUGCCUUGAAAAACCACAUAGCAUCUGUAGAAGAGAACUUAUGCAAAGGAGAGCAAGAUCGUAAUGAGCUAAUGUUUAUUGAAAAGCAAAGAAUGGAGCAAUAUCAGGAAAUGGUUGAAAAGUUCCAGAAACUAGAAAUUGAGCAAAACAACAAGUUCAAAGAAAUUGAUGCAGAGAUGACUGAUAAGGAGGACCAGUUCACAAAAAUGACAAUGGAAUCAGAGCAAAAGCUUAAUGAUGCUACAGAAGAGAUGGUACACGAUCUGAGCUUUUUUCGUGAUGGUUUGCUUUUUCAAAUAACAGAGACAGAAAAAGAAAAAACACAGACUCCUGAGAGACUGCAAUCUCUUCAUUCAAAGCUUCACCAUGAGGCAGAAAAAAUAAGACGAUGGAAAACAUCUACAGAAAUGGAACUAAAAGAAAAGGAAAGAAAAAUCCUUGAAACUUCUCAAACAAUAGAUGCACAAAAGAAGUCAAUCAUUGAGCUUCAGUUACAAAAUGAAAGCCUCAGUUCAAAGCUGCAAGAACAGAUAGCAAAUCGUGAAGAAGUAGAGCACAAAAUCCUUGCCACUCGUGAUAUGUGCAAUGCCUUGAAAAACCACAUAGCAUCUGUAGAAGAGAACUUAUACAAAGGAGAGCAAGAUCGUAAUGAGCUAAUGUUUAUUGAAAAGCAAAGAAUGGAGCAAUAUCAGGAAAUGGUUGAAAAGUUCCAGAAACUAGAAAUUGAGCAAAACAACAAGUUCAAAGAAAUUGAUGCGGAGAUGACUGAUAAGGAGGACCAGUUCACAAAAAUGACAAUGGAAUCAGAGCAAAAGCUUAAUGAUGCUACAGAAGAGAUUGGAAAUCUUAAGGAAGAAGUGAAAGAAAAUCUCAAGAAAAUAUCUACUUUAACAAAGGAUCUGAGYGAGAUGGAAAAUGAGCGUGAUGACUUGAAGCGCAAAGAAGACAAUUUAAAGGAUCGAAUCAGUAAACUUGAUAGUGUAAUAACAUCCCAGAAAGUCAGGGUGGAGAAUACAGAAGARCUGCUUGAACAUAGUAAGAGAGAAACCAAAAAGGCACUUGAUGAGGUUGAUCAUUACAAGAAUGAAUUGGAGGAAUAUCAACAACUGGCUUCACAACAGCAGCAACAAUAUGCAUUAAUGGAGGAACAACAUUCUGAUUCUGUCGCUAAACUGAAUGAACACAUAUCAAAUCUMCAAGACGACAUCAACGAUAAGGAGCAAGUAAUUGUUGAGAGCGCAGAAACAUUGAAAAUAGUGCAAAAUGAAAGAGCAAAGUCAGAAAAAAACCUCAAUGACAUCAAGAAAAAGCAAGAAGUACUAGAAACGUACAAUGAAAUGCUUAGAAAGGAAAAGGAAACCUUCAAGGAAAAAUCGGAAGAUCUUGUAAAACAACUUUCAGUCGUAAUAGACGACAAAGAAAGGCUUUCAAACAUCGAGAUYCAGUUGAAACAUAAACAAGUGGAACUAGAGGGAACUGUUAAUAGCUUGAUUGACAAACUUCAAGAAACCGAAAAAGAAAUUCACGCUCAGAAACUCCAAACAGAACUGCUUCAUACAGAAAUUUCCGGAAAAGAGGAAAAAAUCGAAGAGCUCAAUGAAGCAAUCAAGCAAUAUGGAAUUCGCGAGAAAGAAUACAUCAAAGACAAAAAGGAGAUCCAAGGGAUACUGAAGAACAACACAUCUGCAAAUGCAACUCUUCAAAACGAUCUUAAGAAAUCAAAGGCCAUACAAGGAAAACUUGAGGAAGAUAAGAGUAUUCUUGAAGAAGAAGUUUCCAAUUUAAAGUCUACUCUUGAAGAUAAGGAAGCAGAGUUAUUGAAAUUGCAAGAAGAAAUGGAAGAAUUGAAUUCAACAAAUGAUUCACUUAAGAAAGAUCUUCAAAACCUUAAUGACUACAUCGAAGAACAACAAAAUAAGGCCAACGUCCAUAUGGAAAAGCAAGACCUUGAUUCUAAGAAUUUAAAAAAGUCUCUGGAUGACAAAGAAAAACAGGCAAAYUCCCUUGAGAAAAAGUCUGAAAAUAUGCAGACGCAGCUCAGUGCAAAGUCUAAYCAAAUCAAGGAACUUCAACAAGAGAUUAAAAGCUUCAAGAGUAAAGUCACCUCACAGUCAAAACAAGUCGAAAAACUUGAAAAGAAACUUAACGAAGUACAAGAGGAAAAAGAAGAUAGCAAUGAAUCAAUGAUAUCAUUGAAAGAAAAGAAUGAAAGUUUAAUUAAAGAACUGGAACACAGUGAGAAAAAGGCAAAAGAACUUGAAGAAGAGGCCAAAAAAUUAAGAAAUGAAACAAGUCGAGCUUCGAAAGAGAAAGAUGAAGCGAAAAAACUCUUUGAACAACAAAUGGCUGAGCUUUGCUCCACCCUUGAAAAGUACAAGAUUGAAAACGAACGUAUUGUUGCGCAGAAAGACAAAGAACUCGAAUCAGUGCGCCAAAAGCUCAAAGACGAAUCUAGCCAGAUUCAAGAAYAGAAGGUCCGUGAGUUAACUGAAAAAAUUACGAUCCUUCAAAGACAGCUUGAGAGUGCAAGCGAUGACAAGAAAAAGGAUGGUACUGCUUUGGAAAAAGAACGAGAGAGCACCAGCACACUGAAGAGAUGCAUGACAGACGAGAAGGUUCCUAAAACACCAGAUGUUUCCACUAAAGAGCCAAAUAAAGCUCUCCGUACACCUUUGGCCGAUUUAAAAAAGACACCACAAAGUUGUUUACCUCCGAGCAGCAUAAAAAGCAUUCUUAAGCUUCAGUCCAGCGGUCCCAAGAAAAGACGCGUUGUWUUUGCAGAAUCGGAUGAAGAAUUACCAUCAUCAUCCUCUGAUGAAGAAAUAUGUUUGGUCAAAAACAAAAACGAUAAUGAAGAAGCCAUUUUAAAAACUACCAUGAAGACUGACAUUCCUACUCGUGCCGUGAAGCCAAAUGUAAGGCAAUCUCCUAAGCCAGCUUCAUGGAAAUGCGAACAGGUAACCAAGACCGUCAACUCAGAGACGUUGAAGAAUAAAGURAAACCUUUAAAGCCUGUCCCGAGAGGAAGACCAGUACAGAAACAGAAAAAAAAGAUGAAAGUCAAUAAAGAUGAUACGGAAGAGCUUACAAAAUUUAAAGAACUUUUUCCAGAAAUUAAGGAUGUGAAACAUUUAUCGACAAAGACCAAUCUAUCAAGAAGUCACACAGAUAAGAAGAAAACGACUCCCUUUAAACCCAAAAUUAAGGAAAUCAAGGCAUUGGACAAGAAGAUGAUAUCCGAUGAUAUCCUUGGCUGGUUUGAAUUUGAUGAAUAACAUGAUUUAAAGUUUUAUUUUGAAAGUAUAUUUUUCUUCUCAAGCCAUUCACAGAUCCAUGCAGGACACAUUAUAACMCUUUAAGACAUGUGAUUUUAUACAUAGCCAAAGUAGCAAAUGUAGCCGGGYAUGUAAGAUCUCUAAGAUCUUUAUUUUGUACCGCUGUAUCUCAAUUUUUUUCUUUACCUUUUGAGUGUUCAAGUAACCUUAUGAAAAUAAACUUUAAAUCUGAGCGUUUCACUUUUGUGGACAUGAGGMUUAAGGGACAGUCUGUCACGGCGUCCUCACGACCUCUUUACAUGGAAAUCAAUUCCAUAAGUGUUAAC